AUGGAUACCAUUACUCUCCUUCAGGGUGACCCUGACUCCAACCUCACUCCUCUGAUUCUUGUCCACGCCAUUUCUGGACUUGCGCUGCCAUACUUUGCCCUCGGUCCUCUCUCCGAGAUCGAAGAGGAUCGUCCAGUAUACGGCAUCUCCUCACCAAUGUUCACAUCGACCUUGGCAAAUCCAUUAGAUGGCACUUUGGCACAGCUAGCAGAGGAAUAUGUUGCAACUGUUCGUCGUGAGAUCCAGCCUUUUGGGCCAUACCUUCUAGGGGGCUGGUCUAUGGGUGGCAUGAUCGCAAUGGAGAUGGCCGCUAUACUCCAGGCACAGGGCGACGAAGUACCACAUGUCAUACUGAUUGAUUCAGUAAAUCCAAAGUACUUUCCUGCAUUUCAAGACAAGAAGCAGCACGAUAUACAAGCAGCAAUUACCUAUAAUGCUAUUGCUACCCGAAUGAAUGCCCCUGCGAUCCCACUAUUCCAAUGCGGCCUGUUUGAAGAUGACUAUUAUAGCAGCAGUGGUGAAGAGAGCAACAAUGACAGCGAUACUGAAGAGUUCACGGAAGAGCUUUCCGUUCCUGAAAUGCUAGGCAGGAUGAGGAAACAUAUCCACCAAGGACUUGGUGUUUUGGCCUCACAGAGCAGCAGGGUGGACGAGUUCGAUUUUAGUGAGACAGAAGUUACGUUGAUUAGAUGCACAGUUCGCGACAGCAUAGAUUCCCUAGUCAACGACCGGCGCAAAAUGCUCGCACAAAAGCGAUCUCAGGACAAUACACUACUGUGGCCCGCGCAAUCAUUCAAGUCGUUCAGGACCCUUACUAUCGAUGCUACACACGACGGCUGCUUUGAUUCUGAGCACGCUGAUGAACUGACAUUCCUUGUCAAGGACGUGUUGGAUAAUCUUGACUACUGA